CAGAUUCAUGUGACAAGCGCGAUUGGCUGAAGACGGCGGUCGGCGCUUCCUUUAGUCGAACCUCGUUAAAGCGAAUCGAGAGGUCACCUUCGCGCGUUGGAAUCUGGAGAGAUCUGCCAUGGCUCAGAAUCCUCCGCCGCCAUUUGAUCCCUACCGACCUCCGGUUAUUGAAGGCUUUACUCCGACUUCUCGGGGUAGUACCGAACGCUUCCAAAGCAAGUUCGUGCGCAAGUUCCGCGAGAAUCCAUUUGUGCCCAUCGGCUGCCUUUGUACAGCUGGAAUUUUGACUUAUGGACUCAUCUGCUUCAUAAAUAAUAAACCCAAGCAAUCCCAGAUGAUGAUGAGGGCCCGUGUUAUAGCACAGGGCUUAACUGUUGCAUCCCUAUUAGUGGGCAUGGCUGUUACAAACCUGAAGUCAUCCAAGUGAACAAGCUGCUACUGUACAAUAAUAUGAAAAUAUUGUCCACUAACCGGGGGCACUUAGGAGAUGAAAUGCCAGAAGAGCCACCUAGAGCACUAUUGGAGAAACAUGAAGAGUGAAUUCAACCAACACAAGUUAAAGCACUCUUCCUCUCCUUUUUAACAUCUGCUUGAGAACAUUGGGUGAGAUCAUGAAUUGGUUUGGGGUCAGACACCAUCGGUUUGGUGAUAAUACUGAGUUGUUUAUCUCACCCCAAGGUUGGCAGAGAUCGAAAUCUUGUAUCUCUACUUGGAGGCUAUUAGGUUGUGUAUGUGUGGAGGAAGAGACUCAUUCAAUUGUAGCAGGCCAAGCAGCUAUGGGUGUUGGAACUAGAUAUAUGUUCCAUCCUUUGGCCCAAAUGAGAAUCCAUUUCCUCCUGUUGCACAAUUUGGAGAUCACCUUGAACUCACACUCCAAAUGAAGCAGGUGGCAGCUAUGGCCAAGAUGGCCUUUGCAGAAAUCCAUAUAGAUUGCACCAUUUUCUGGACCUAGAGGCUUUUCUAACAAGCACUCAUGCGUUUGUUUACUUAUGGAUUAUCGCAGUAUAUACAUGUGGCUGCCCUUGAAGACCAUCACAAGAUUGAACUAAUCCAGAAUAAAGCAGCAAUUUAAGCAAUUAUGGGCAUGCCCAUGCAACACCGCUACUUUGCGAGCUGUGCUGUUUGCUGGGAAGCUUCCAAGUAAAUUCACUAUGCUGGUUAUUACAUAAACGCAUCUCAUGACAUAGAGACUUUUCCCGUACCUUCUGCCCCUGCUUUGUGAUUAAACAGAUUUGUCAUAUUCUUAGCCAUUAAACAGUAUCAUUAGAUGGGACCUAUAAAGCAUGUCUUCUUUGUCACAAUACCUGCCCCCCUGAAACAAUAACCUCCUAUUUGUCCGCAUGAAGACCUUGUUAAAAAAAAAGAUUUUAAAAGCUGGCUUUUCACCUAGGUCUUAGGCUGGAAUGAUACAGACCUUUGAGUGUUAUAUGGUCCCUUGAGAAUUUGUGUGUGUGGGGAGAUCUGUAUGUCAAUUUUUUAAAAACUGGCCUGUUGUCCCCUCCCUCCAUCCAGCUUCAUUCCAAUUUAAAUCUUGUAUUCGAAUAGCCAUUCCAAGCAUAUGAAGAAUGGAAUUGCGUUUCAUAAAUGUUUAUAUCUUUUAAUAAAAUUUGCUAGUCUGAAAAGGUG